UAAGAAGACUCAGAGAGAGAGAGAGGGGAGACAGAGGGGUCGGUGGGGUGUUUUCCAGUAAAGAAUACUUUCACUUUCAACGGUCUUCUGAAAGGAAAAGUUCGAGCACAUUUCAUCUUCAACUCGUCGAACAGAAUAGCGGAAUACUUCACCGAGAGACGUUCGUUGAUAGUUAGAUGGAAAAUGGAGAUUGUAAUUGGUCUACUUCUUUCUUCAUUGUCUCUGUAUUGUGACUUCACCGAUGCUGAGUGCCCUGUGGUCAGUCCUGCCAGGCUGGUGGUGAAGUAUGGAGACCCAGCUUCAGCCAAAUGCACUUCAGAUACCCCUGUAGAGAUGGGCUGGGAAGCCACCCAGGGAGGGAUGGGUCUAACAGACAAGGAGGUGAAGUUCCUAAACUGGAGGGUGGACAGUGUGACUGACUGGAAUAACAAACCUAAGUGCUUCACAGACGGAGGCCAGUGUGCGAAAGAGCUGGACAUCACAGUUUAUAAGCUUCCAGACAGUGUCUCCUUCAGCUAUAGGAAGUCCCCUGAUCCGAUGGUUGAGGGGGAUCAGUACCUGCUACAGUGUCUUGUCCAGAACAUUGUUCCUAUUGGGAGUCUCAGGGUGACCUUCUACAAAGUCAAUACCACUGGUGAACAGACAGAAUUAGACACACAACAGAAACCCAAGGACAACAUCAAGACACCAGGGAAUGGGAACUAUACCCUGGACUUCACCCCUAGUAGAGAUGAUGACGGGGCCCAGUUGUGGUGUUCAGCCAUGUUGGAUCUGGGACCAGAGGGACCCCAACCUCCUCCUGUAAUGGAAUCAGACCGCCUCAACAUCAACGUGCACUACAAGCCUCAGAUCACUAUGAGUCCUGGAUAUUUCUCCAUGAGCAUCACAGAGGGUGACACCCUAUCACUUAACUGUAGUGCAAAUGGUAACCCUGCCCCCUCGUACGAUUGGUUGCUCCCCCAAGCCGCCCCCGCCCCCAACACCACGGAAGAGAGAUCCGUAGUGACCAUCACCAACAUGGCCAAGUCUCACUCUGGAAAUUACACCUGCAUCGCCAGUAACCCCCUGGGACACAGUACCUGGACUGUUAACGUGGAGGUCACAG